CGAUUCUUUAACAUAAACAGGAAAUCGCCCGAAAAUAGAUUAGGGGGCCUGUCAAAUAUUGUCAGUUUGCAACAACAUUGGACGACAAAUGAAAUAAUGGGUCUGGAGCCUUUAGAAUUUGCUGAAUGCUUGACAGACAGUCCUUCGUUCAGAGAAAAAUUACAUGAUCACGAAAAAGAGCUUGAUAGGACCAAUAAGGCCAUCAAAUCUCUGGUCAAUGAUGGCAAGGAGCUUGUCAAUGCAGCCAAACAAAUGGGUAAAGCAUGGCAAAGUUUUGCACAGAAAAUGAUGGAUUUUAAAUUUGAAUGCAUUGGAGAAAAACUGACAGAUGAUGAAGAAAAAAUAGCUGGUUCCUUAAAGGAGUUUGGGAAGCUGAUAUUGAGAGUUGAAGAGGAGAGAGAUAGAAUGUUGUCAAAGGUGACAGACUUCUUCCAGCAACUAGACAAAUUCAGGAAGGAACAGAUAGGUUCAGUCAAGGAGGAGAAGAAAGCAUUUGAUAGACAUACAGCAAAAAUCUGCCAGUCAUUAGAGAGAUAUCUUAACCUUAAGUCCAAAAUGAAUGACAACACCCUUCAAGAGGCUGACGCAACUCUUGAGAUGGAAUUUCGGAGCUUUAGAGAAUGCUCCAUGAAAUAUGUCCUUAAAUUACAAGAGGUCCAAGAAAGAAAGAAAUUUGAUUUUGUAGAAACAAUUCUAGCCUUUAUGUAUAGUUUGUUCACAUUUUAUCACCAAGGUUUUGAUGCCAGUAAUGAGCUCAAAGAGUCUUCUAUGCAUCUCCAGAAAAUCCUUCAGAAGACACGGGAGAGUUUUGAAAGUCAAAAGGAGUACACAGAGACUUUGAUGUUUAAGAUGUUGGACAAUCGAAAACCUAGUGGAGUGACCCAGACAAACAAAGGCUGUACAAAGGAGGGAUAUCUGUACCUAAUGGAGAAAAAGGUGAUGGGAACAACCUGGACCAAAUAUUACUGCUGGUACAAAAAAGAAGGGAAGAUAUUUCAUAUGAUGCCAUACAAUCAAGUCACUGGAAAACUGAGCCAACCAGUUACAGAAAAGUUUACACUGAAAUCUUGUGUAAGACGAGCUUCCCAAACUAUUGACAAAAGGUUCUGUUUUGACAUUACUGUGGAUGGAAGGCCUGACAUGCUGACAUUUCAGGCACUGUCUGAUGAUGACAGGAAGCUGUGGAUGGAUGCUAUGGAUGGCCGGGAACCAGUUUAUACCACACCAAACACUUCAUCAGAGGACUCUUCAUUAGAUGACAUAGGAUUUUCUUUUAUUAAAAGAUGUAUAGCCGCUGUGGAAUCUAGAGGACUACAAGAGCAAGGCCUUUAUAGAUUGGUUGGAGUGAACUCAAAAGUAAACAAGCUUAUGUCGCAAGGCUUAGAUCCAAAGAAAAGAGACAAAAUUGAUAUUUGUGACCCAAACCAGUUUGAAAUUAAGACUAUAACAAGUGCUGUUAAAAAUUAUCUUAGAUCACUGCCAGAACCAUUAAUGACUUUCAAACUACACAAACCAUUGAUACAGGCUGCCAAACGAGAGUCAAAAACUUUGCGUAUCCAUGACCUCCACACCUUAAUCCACAGACUGCCACAGGCAAACUUUGAAAUGCUCGACAUUUUGAUUGACCAUUUAAGGAAAAUAGCAGAGUUCCAGGAUAAGAAUUUGAUGACUGUAGCUAACCUUGGGGUUUGUUUUGGUCCUACACUAAUGAGGGCAGAGGAAGAAUCUGUGGCGGCCAUUAUGGACAUUAAGUUCCUCAACAUCAUUGUAGAGAUUCUCAUCAACAAUUAUGAAAGAAUUUUCAAGACCCCACCAGAAGAUGCGGAUCCCAGUGAGAUCCGCUGUGCUCUCCCUAGUGCCUCAGUGACUGAUAAAUUUACUCCCGGGGUCAACCACACCUCAUUAGAUGUAUCUAGUCAAAGCCAGCAGCCCCUCUACAUAAACAAAGCCCCUCCUGUUCCCAGUGUCCCCACCACCUAUGUUCAGAAACCCAAACUCAGAUCAGUGGACAUUUACAAUCCUGAUACCAAAAGUUUUGAGACUCAUGGAAGUAGUAGUGACAGUUCCGAGUCCCUGAACUCGAGCCUGUCUAACAGUGCCUCAGCAAUGUCAUCCCCCCUUCCGCAGUUUGAUAGUCAUAAGAAACACCCUGCUCCAGCGAUCCCUGGAAACACUCAGUACAGCAAUGUAUCUGGAUUAGCAAACAAGUUUAUGAAUGACAUUUCAGGAUCAGAGGUUCCUACUUUUGACCAGUCACUACGCAGAUCUCUGUGGAUUUCAUCCAAAACCAAAAUGUUUGAGAGUGGAAGCAUCAAGAAACGUGGGUCCAAUGAUUCUUCCUAUGCAGCAUCAAUGACUUCCUCUGCUCCCAGUAUGACCAGUAGUCUGUCAGGUAGCUUACCAGUAGUAGGAAACUCCAACAAUGUCAACAAAACCAAAAAGAGGACAGCUAGAACACUUUACCAGUGCUUGGCUGACAAUGAAUCAGAACUGUCUUUUGAGCCAAAUGUCAUCAUCCAGAAUGUGAGAGAAUCCAAGGAGCCAGGCUGGUUGGAGGGGUCAUUAAAUGGGAAGCGGGGAUUGAUCCCUGAGAACUAUGUAGAGUUUGUAGACUGACCCAGCCCCCACAGUGGCCUUAAUUUCUGACCACCAGGAUGUCACCCCCAAGAGAUAUAAACAUCUGUACAUACUCAUCUACAUCAUAUUGUCAUGGAUUUCUCAAGUUGUGAUUCACUAUGCUGGACAUGGUGGGAGUUAGAAAGGGGAAUAACUUUGGGUCAUGUGAUCAGUCACAUGACUGAAGGCCACUGUUUUAAGUGUUGACUUACAGAAAAUGAAUGCAAUAGUCAGUGUGAUGUAUAGUAGUUAAUAUUUUGUUUAUUUACUUGGAUUUCAAACCAUAACUUUUACAUGUCCAUAUGAUGAUGUAUAUAAAUUGUUAGGAACAAGAUUUUUUUAGUAAUAUGUAAAUUGUUUGGUAAUUACUUGUACUCUAAACAAUCUUUGUCACAAGGAUUGUAUUUAAGUAUGGUUUGUUUUAAUUUUGAUUACAGAUAAGAAGGUUAGUUAAUUUCAAAGAUGAGGGCCAACUUUGCAGCCAACUUAGUUUUUCAAGGAUUAAAAAUUUCUGUCUCACUGAGUUAACAUUCCUAGUGUUUACAUUGUAAUGUUUAUGCUAUGUUUACACUGUAAUCUUUACACUCUGCUUACCGUUUACACUUGUUUCACUCUGUUGCCUCUACACUAUGUCUAAAUUGUCAAGCUUUCUGUAUGUUCACCAUUUAUUGUUUACACCUAAAACUGUUUAAUACAUGUAGCUUGUUUGAUCAUAUUUUAUUUCAUUUCAGCACCUAGUAUUCCUCUUACAUGUGUUAAUAAUGAAACUUGGCUUAAAACAGUAUUAUUAUCAUAUAUUUGAUGGAAAAUCCUGAUAGGUUUAGAGACUUAGUAUUCUAGAAUAUUUAGUUUUAAGAGAUGCAUUACUUCUUUUUAAAGUUACUGUAGGAAUUAUGAAUAUAUACUACAACAUAUUUUACAUAUGAACAAAGAGAAAAAUAACAAUUUUAAAAGUAAUUUAAUAGUACCUAAAUUAUUUAGUUAAUUCCAGGAUUUUGUAUGCUUACAAAAUUCAGAAGUAUCAUAAUUGUUUUUUAAUUUGUAAGUCUGUAACUUUAACCUUGAUCCUGCAUUUUGUUCCUUGUUUCUUAUCAGGGCAAUGCUUUAUUUGGAGAUCCAAAUAAAAUUUUCCUAAAUAUAAUUUAUUAAAUAGACAUUAACUAAAUAUGAGUUUCACAAAGACUUUCCUCUGAACACCCAAACAAGAUAAAAAUGUUGCUGUUUUAGUGGUUUUUGGUUGAAUUUCUGCUUAAUGCAGCUUUAGAUUCUUUGUUGUUUAUUUAAAGAUCAUUAAGUUUCAUGGUUGUUUUCAAAUGUUGGUAUACUGCUUUCUUACUGUCAGUGGAAGUAUUUUUUACCGUUCUUUCCACACACAAACACACACACACACUAGGAAAUAGAGAGUGCAGUGUUGCUUUCAGUGUCUGUUAAAUGAGGGUGCAGACCAAAUGCUGAUAAAGCACAGGUCAAAAUUUCAUAUUUGGCAAAGAUCAAAUUUCAGAUAUGAAUUUGCCACCAUUGGGGGCAUUGCAGUUGCAAACUCCCUUGUAAUUAAUAGCAUAAUUUUUUUUCUCUGUUUUUACUGUAUAUACCUUGUACUUAGUUGCAUAUGUGUGCAUUGCAUUGGAAAUGAUUUAACUUCUGUCUCUGAUAAUAAAAAUGCUCAGAAGCAUUUAUAGUCUUUGGCUGAAGACGAUAUAAAAUCUAUGCAUUCAAUUUUGUACUUUGUGUUUAUAGAUAGGAUAUGGUUUCAAUGCCCUGCUUAAAUUAGUCAGAUCCAGUAGAUAUAAUUCAGUGUUAUGUUGCUUCUCUUGUAUAAUGUAAUUAAUUCCCCUCUAUGAUACAGACACUUGAUAAUUCUGUCAGUGAUAUUUUAAGUAGCAGGUAAUCUGUUUCAGUAAACCAAACAUUGAAUAAGUAUUUCUUUUUCUCUUUGGUAUAAAAAUUGAAAAGUACAUGCAGUAGAUAUUUUUAAGGGAAUAUUUUUCAUUAUUAUCAGUUUAUAAAAAGUGUGAUGUAAUUGUUGAUAUUAUGGAGAUUUUGAUCAUAUGUGUAGGAAUUACUUAUUGAAUGCUGAUAUAUGUAGUAAUCUCUGUUUAAUACCUAUAGUAAUGUAGUAACAUGUGAAUUAAUUAACCUAAAAAUGCAACUUGCUAUAAAUAUUAAGUCUCUUUUUUUUUUUUAUAAACAUCACAUAUAUUUUAUUGACUAGUUCAUAUAAAAUUUUACAGCAUUCAUUCCUGACUUUAACCAAUCUAUUACAGCUAUUUUUGUCAUAUUUGUAAUUUAUUUGAUAUAUUUCCUCAGGUUGAGUUUUUUUUUUUUUUUUUGACAGACAUUAUUUAUUGUGGUGGAGUGAACAAAUUCCAGGGUCCUUAUGUGCAAUGUUCUGCUUCAUUGUGUAUCUAUAUAUAUAUAUAGCUUGCCAUCCUAUGUCUGGUGUUUUAUGAAUUUGUCUUUAACUGUAAAAUUAAUGUCAUCUGAGAUCAAGUCUUGUAAGUAUGGAAUGAAAUGUGACUUAGAGGUGUUUGUAUACGACUUUAAGCAUGCCCAUAUUUGAACAUCUACUUAAUUCUGUACAUCAGAUGGAGAGGGGUGUGAUUUAUAGAAAGUUCUGUGUAAAAUAGAGAGUGACUUCUCUGUCCAAUACCCAAAACUUUAACAGAAAAAUUCAUUCAAAACAUGGAGAUGGGGAUGUGUAUGGAUUUGUACACUGCGUGACUAACCUUGUGGUCUGUUGAAGGACUUGAUUUUAUUAUGUGACUGUGUAUUGUUACUGUUAUAUUUUGUGUGUACUGUGGGACUUCACUAUGUGAUGAGAUUUCACAGAGUAGGAGCAAUAUUCUGACAAAAAUAAACAUGUACAAACAGAGCA